ACUUUCGCCCGCUAGCUGUCACGUUUUGCUGGCGGUUACGUUGGCAGAACUGACCACUGAGGACGUGACGUCACUGUUAGCUCUUUUCCAUCUUGGUUUCACGAAACACAAGAGCAUAUUCCGUAUCGGCACCGUUAAAAUGGUGAAUAAGAAGCCAACCAAGAAAAAGGUCGCUGGCAAGAAGGUUGCCGCUGCACCUCUAGCUGUCAAAAAGGUUGAGGUUAAGAAAGUGGUCAAUCCACUUUUCGAGAAGCGCGUCAAGAACUACGGAAUCGGUCAGAAUGUGCAGCCCAAGCGUGAUCUGUCCCGUUUCGUACGCUGGCCAAAAUACAUUCGCAUCCAGCGCCAUAAGGCUGUGCUGCAGAAGCGUCUGAAAAUCCCGCCGCCAAUCAACCAGUUCUCGCAGGCUCUGGAUAAGCACACUGCUCAGCAGUUGUUCAAGCUCUUGGAGAAGUACCGCCCGGAGAACCCGAUCGCCAAGAUCCAGCGCCUGAAGGCCAAGGCUGAAGCCAAGGCUGCUGGCAAGGAAGUUCCCCCCAGCAAGAAGACCAAUCAGCUGCGCCAGGGAGUCAACACCGUUGUCAAGCUAGUGGAGCAGAAGAAGGCCCAGUUGGUCGUCAUUUCCCACGAUGUUGAUCCAAUUGAGUUGGUCGUCUACCUGCCAGCCCUGUGCCGCAAGAUGGGCAUCCCGUACUGCAUCAUCAAGAGCAAGUCCCGCCUGGGAACGUUGGUGUACCGCAAGACCUGCACCUGUGUGGCCCUGACCCAGGUUGACAACUCGGACCGCGCCAAUCUGUCCAAGCUGGUCGAAACCAUCAAGACCAACUUCAACGAUCGGUACGAGGAGAUCCGCAAGCACUGGGGCGGUGGUCUGCUGGGACCCAAGAGCAUGGCCCGUAUUGCCAAGCUCGAGAAGGCCAAGGCGCGUGAGCUGACCCAGAAGACGGUGUAAGAGGAGUCUUUCCUAUACCUGCUAGGUGUAUAAUCUUGUGUAAGGAAUUCUUUCGUUGCUGAGAGAAGAGAGCGGAGAGAGAGAAUAAAAAAAAGCUUAAAAGUAA